AGAGUAGUACAUUCUCAUCUUGGAACCAGGGAAAGCACACGGGUAGCAUGAGUCCAAGCAUCUCUGUUGUAUUACUGAAAGGCAACAAACAUAUCUGCUGUCAUACUGUCUUUCAGCUGAGUAUUAUUCUCUCCUUUGUUUGGGCUAGACUUGUGGCUUAUGCUGGUAGGAUUUCCAUGAUGCUGACCAUUAAGGAUUAUAUUACCAAGACAUUUUUUUACUGCCUUUACCUGCUUGUUUCUGCCCAAUAAUUGAAGUUAGCUUUCGUUUGGGCCAUGAUUGAAGUUAACUUUGUUUGACAAUGGUGUAACCACUCGCGCACUAUCUGCCUGGCCUAUGACGGAGGCAGAGGAUUCUUAGAGUGGUUAGUUACACAGGUCGGAGUGAUGCUCCAGUCGAAUCCUGACUUUCGCCCUAGGCAAAUAAUAUCCCGGGAAGGAGCGAGAUCAGACUCCAGGGUCCAUUUCUAUCUAUCCGCAUCACUCGAGUGGGUUGCCUGCCUAGACGGCAACUACCAGUGCUGUGCCUGCGCUGCUCCUCUCGUCCCGUGAUAACUCGCUCGUCACAUCGCGUCGCGUCCAACAGGAAGGACAAGGGCGCCACUCCAAAGUCCAAAAGCGCCCGUGCCCCGUCCAAAAGUUCCACGCCGAAUAACGCGAAAAAGUUGCCCCGUCCAACCUGACUCAGCCUACCAAGAAACAAAUCCCUGCACAGCCCGCAGCUGACAUGCUAGUAGCCUAGUGGAAAGCACAUGUCAAUCCCGCGCCUACGUGCUGCUACUCUAGUCCGUCCAACCGCAGUGAAAACAGCUCUGCCCCACAAAACAGCCGGCCAUUGACCAGCAGCAGCACGCACUAUAGCUCGCUCAGUCGCACACUCACUCACUCAUUACUGCACCGCACCGCACCUCGCCGGCCGGCCGCCCGGCUCCCUCCACGUCCAUGGCAGCCGCCAGCGGCGCCUGCCUGCCUCUCCUCCUGCUCCUCCUGUCGCCGCUGACCAUCUCCUCGUAUUCGGCGGCAGCGGCGGAAGCAGAGCAGCCGGUACACGACCUCCUGCUCAGCUUCAAGGCCUCCCUGCACGACCCCGCCGGCGCCCUCGCCACCUGGUCCCGCUCCACGCCCUACUGCAACUGGUCCCACGUCACCUGCACGGACCCCUCCUCCUCGUCCGCCUCCGCCUCCGUCGCCGUCUCGCUCCAGCUCCAGGGCCUCGGCCUCUCCGGCGACAUCAACGCCACCGCGCUCUGCCGCGUCCCGGGCCUCGCCGGCCUCAGCCUCGCGUCCAACGCCUUCAACCAGACCGUCCCGCUGCAGCUCUCGCGCUGCGCCUCGCUCGCCUCCCUCAACCUCAGCUCCGGCGCCUUCUGGGGCCCGCUGCCGGAGCAGCUCGCCGCGCUCGCCUCGCUCACGUCGCUCGACCUCAGCGGCAACGACAUCGAGGGGACCGUGCCGCCGGGCCUCGCCGCGCUGCGGGCGCUCCAGGUGCUCGACCUGCGCGGCAACCGCCUCUCCGGCGUGCUCCACCCGGCGCUCUUCCGCAACCUCACCAGCCUCCACUACCUCGACCUGUCCGGCAACCAGUUCUUGGAGUCCCAGCUGCCGCCGGAGCUCGGCGGGAUGGCCAGCCUCAGGUGGCUCUUCCUGCAGGGGUCAGGGUUCAGCGGCGAGAUACCCGAGACCUUCCUUGGGCUGGAGCAGCUGGAGGCUCUUGAUCUCUCCAUGAAUAGCUUGACCGGAGCCGUUCCUCCGGGGUUCGGCCUCAAGUUUCAGAAGCUGCUGUCUCUGGAUUUGUCGCGCAAUGGCUUCUCUGGGCCGUUCCCCAACGGCGUCGACAAGUGCCUCAUGCUGCAGAGGUUCGAGGUGCAGGGCAACGCCUUCACCGGGGAGCUGCCCGCCGGCCUCUGGUCGCUGCCGGACUUGCAGGUCAUCCGCGCUGAGAACAACCGCUUCUCCGGCCGGCUGCCCGAGUUCCCCGGCGGCGUGUCUCGGCUGGAGCAGGUUCAGGUGGACAACAACAGCUUCUCCGGUGCGAUACCCCAGAGCAUCGGCCUGAUCCGCACCAUGUACCGCUUCUCCGCCUCACUGAACGAGCUCAACGGCAGCCUGCCGGACAACCUGUGCGACUCCCCGGCGAUGAGCAUCAUCAACAUCUCCAACAACGCCAUCUCCGGCUCGAUCCCUGACUUCAACAACUGCAAGAGGCUGGUAUCGCUGUCCCUGUCCAGCAACGGCCUCACCGGGACGAUACCAGCCUCUCUCGGGGACUUGCCGGUGCUGACCUACAUCGACCUGUCCAGCAAUGGCCUCACCGGCGCCAUUCCGGCGGAGCUCGAGAACCUGAAGCUUGC